UGUGUGUGUGAAAGUAACUGUUAAUCUCCCUGUGUGUGUCUAUGUUUUCCCCCACAGAGGAGACAGCGUUCGAGGCGGGUGUGCGGGUGCAGAUCCACAGCCAGGCAGAGCCCCCGUUCGUCCAUGAGCUGGGCUUUGGCGUUGCCCCGGGCUUUCAGACCUUUGUUGCCACUCAGGAGCAGAGGCUGACCUACCUGCCUCCUCCGUGGGGAGAGUGUGAGUCCAAGGCCCUAGACUCUGGCUUCUUCCAGGUCUAUAGUGUGACAGCUUGCAGGAUUGACUGUGAGACACGCUACAUCGUGGAAAACUGUAACUGCAGGAUGGUGCACAUGCCCGGUGAUUCACCAUUCUGUACCCCUGAACAGUACAAAGACUGUGCAGAGCCUGCCCUUGCCAAGUUGUCAAUGCUGGAGAGUAGCAACUGCAUCUGUAGGACACCAUGCAACAUGACACGCUACAACAAGGAGCUGUCCAUGGUCAAGAUCCCCAGUAAGACCUCAGCACGCUACCUGGAAAAGAAGUUCAACCGCUCUGAGAAAUACAUCACGGAUAACAUCCUAGUCCUGGAUGUGUUCUUUGAGGCCUUGAACUAUGAGACCAUUGAGCAGAAGAAAGCCUACGAAGUGGCAGGCUUACUGGGUAUAGCUAACUUGGGUUGUCAGCUGAACGGUGUUUCCUCCGAUACAUUGGUGCGGCUGGCUUCUGGGUUAAGCUUGACGGUGUUAAGAAGCACGGUUUGGCGCGUCAUGUUUCGGAGGAGGGAUGACUCGAUCUUUGCCUCUUCCGAGCCCGUUGGGGAGUUGCAGCAAUGA